GUGAUAUACAACUAGAAAUGGGGCAUAAAGGAACACGUGUUUUUGAUCGUACAAUAUGUUUUUCAAGACAUAUUCGAUGGUAUAUAUGUUCACAUGAUAAUACUGUGAAUGAAUUAAGAGGUAAGGCAAGAAUUUCUUCAUCGCAGAAGUGGCAAGGAUUAAGUUUUGGGAUAUGUUCAUCAGUUAUUUCAGAAGUGUUUCUUAGGAAAUUUAACGAAAGUGCUUUAAGUUGA